AACUAAAAUGUCAAACGCGGUUGGUCAGCUUGCGUUGAAGUUUUCGUCGCGAGUUCGGUGUUGUGUUUUGCAAAAGCCUCGGAGUGGUUUUAUUUGUAUAUAUCAGUGUUAUUUUCACCCUUCGAGAAGUAGAUGAAGGAUAUAUUAUGCCCCGAAACCUUAAAGAGAAGUAUGACCCAGCCACGGCGCAUUCAGAGGCAAACAAAAAGAGUCAAACACUCGUGCCGCUGGAAGACCAAGCAAACAUUAGAAAGUCGACCUGGGCCGAACUUGAGAUAACAGGGACUAUCAGGAAUUUAAGUCCCAAUCUGUUUCAAAUGAGCCACUUGACAGCUCUACACUUAAAGAAUAACUCUUUGCAUCGAUUGCCUCCCGAUAUAUGCCACCUGGUCAACUUGCAUAACCUAGAUCUGAGUUAUAACAAGUUACGAUCACUGCCAGCGGAAUUAGGCGAACUUAUUCAUUUAAGGUGUUGGGCUUUUUAUGAAGUGCUCUACUUUGAUCCCUUCCAGAUGUAUCCCCAUUAUACCUCAUAUUUUUAUCCUGACUUCCACAAUUUCCUAGAGUUACAUCUAAGUCAUAAUCAUUUGCGAAUACUCCCCUAUGAACUCGGCAAGCUGUUUAACUUAAUGAUUUUGGGGCUCGUCGGCAAUCCCCUCAAUAAAGACAUUAUGGCCAUAUAUAGUGAACCUAACGGGACACAGAAGCUGCUCACCUUCAUGCUGGACAAUUUACAAGUUACUACCCCCACCCCGCCGCCCAGGCCCUGGAUCCCAUUAGCCAGGCCGACGACCAACAGGGCGACAUGUAUCUUCACGGUGAUGUGUUACAACGUAUUGUGCGACAAGUACGCCACGCGUCAGAUGUACAGCUACUGUCCGUCGUGGGCGUUGAACUGGGACUACCGCAAGAAGGGCAUCCUCGAGGAGAUCCAGCACUACGGCGCGGACAUCAUCAACCUGCAAGAGGUGGAGAUGGACCAGUUCUACAAUUACUUUCUGCCGGAGUUGAAGGUUCACGGUUACCACGGGAUCUACUCGCCGAAAUCGAGGGCGAAACACAUGGCCGAGAGCGAGAGAAAAUACGUCGACGGGUGCGCCAUCUUCUAUAGAACUUCGAAAUUUACUUUGCUCAAAGAGCACCUAGUUGAGUUCAAUCAGCUGGCGAUGGCGAAUGCGGACGGUUUGGAACACAUGCUGAACAGGGUGAUGCCGAAGGACAAUAUCGGGUUGGCGGCCCUGCUUCAGACCACGGAACAGGCGUGGGACAACGCUCAGCCCGACACGCCGUGCGUGCAGCAACCGAUCCUGGUGUGCACCGCGCACAUACACUGGGAUCCCGAGUUCUGCGACGUCAAAUUGAUCCAGACGAUGAUGCUGAGCAAUGAGUUAAAGUCGAUCCUCGAAGAGUCCGCCCAAUAUUUGAAGACGCAAAACAUCAACGUUUUGGAUCCGAGCAAUAUUCAGCUGGUUCUAUGCGGAGAUUUUAACUCACUGCCCGAUUCGGGUGUCAUAGAAUUUUUGGGUACGGGACGGGUGUCGCAAGACCACAAAGACUUCAAGGCGUUGUGUUACAAGACCUGCCUGGAGAAGAUUCUAGCCUGUGAUAAACCAAAUGAAUUUACGCAUUCCUUCAAGCUGGCCUCCGCCUACAAUGACGAAAUCAUGCCCUUCACCAAUUACACAUUCGAGUUCAAGGGCAUAAUAGACUACAUAUUUUACGCGAAACAAACAAUGACCCCCCUGGGUCUGCUGGGUCCGUUGUCGCAGGAGUGGCUGACGCAGAACAAGGUGAUCGGCUGUCCGCACCCGCACAUCCACUCCGACCAUUUUCCGCUGUUGGUUGAGCUCGAAAUGGUGCCGACGAUAUCCGCCCCGAUCAACGGCAUCAUCAGGUAGCAACCGGCGCUGUGAUGUUAGUAAAUAGCCGUCGUCGCCUUUGCAUUUGCUGUACCUGUUGGACGAGACUCGAAACCACAUCAGUCAGUCAGUCGCCGGCAAGAAAAAUGCAUCGUCACCACACACCCACACACAUUGUAUCUCACGCGCGUACAUUACGUAAUGUACAUAUAUUUCUAUUUGUAUAAAAAAAAAUCUAAAAAAAAAAAGAAAGGUACCUGACGGCCUCACUCUCGAACUAAUAGAAAUGGGAAAUUUUUUUCAAACCUGUCAGACCGUCGCGAUAGGUCAACAAAACUCCUUCGUACAAGCGCACACAACACACCCACCCCGUAUAUAUUUUUAAAACCUUUUACCUUCUUUUUUUGUCGCGAUCGAUCGUAUUCAUUGAGGUUGCUGUGAUUUUUUUUACAUUUUAAUUUAUUUCUUAAUUUUUAAUUGUGAUUUACGCCGUAUCCUUGGAGCGACGCGACGCGACCUUCCGGCACGCACGUACGCCGCUGUCGCGUCGCGUCGCGCGUCCUCCUAAUAAUGUAAAAACAAACGAAACGAAAAGAAAUCUAGUGAAGCUUUAAGUCUGACGUCAUACAAAAUCGGUCGAUACCGUCGACAUAUUUUUUAAAUCAGAAACGGCUCCUCCUCACUUUGUCUCUAGGUAAACGUAUACAUAGUGCAUUGUUUUUUUUUUACUCGUAUAUAUGUAUACUCACGGUAAGUGAUAAUUUUGUGAUCGGACAGGCGAUUUCAAUUUUUUAAACUUUGUUUAAUCCCUUGUAACACGCGCGUCUCUUAUUUUUUUGAUCUCAUCUGGGGGCACAAAGUUACGUCACAGGCCGGUCGAUUAGGGAGUAGAAACGGGGUACCGAUAAUUUCAUCUUGUCAUUCUAGAGUUGAUAUGACUCGAUCGGAAAUUUGGAACAAGGAAAAAAUUGUCUGUUUUUUUUUUUUAAAAAUCUAUAUUAUGUUGCUCAUUUAUAGUUUAAAUUUUUCAACCAAGUUUUGCUUGAAAAAUUCAAAUCAUAAUCAAUUGUGCAAAAAAACGUCAUACCUAAUUCAUUUUCUGUUCAGUUUAUCAUCCUUUUCAGCAUUUAAAAUGCUCGCGCGCCGCAUCAUCGGUACCCAAUAGCAUUUUUGUGACACAAAGGUCCCCAUCGAUCGGUCUAACCGACCGUUUACGAAUUUUGGCAACUAUAAUGGCGCGAGCUUUUAGCGGCGAGUUAAUUGCAUCGUCAAACGCGAUGUGUCUACAAGAACCCGAAAGAUUUAAUGUUUAAACCGAUCAGAAUUAAAAUCGCCGUCAAAAGUACCUGCCCGAUGCCUAUUUUAUUUUUCUUUUUGGAAAUUAAGACAUUGUGCAUAACAUUUACGAAUCAGUCUAGACAAGUAAUUCGAAUGUCCGCGAGCGCUUAUACCCAACGGAGCCGCCUCUUAGCGGUAACUCAACCAAAGAGUGGUCCACUUAAGUAAAACUUUUCCUCAUUCCGGGCGCGGUAUUCACGAAAAUAUGGGCAACCUAGCGAUUUUACAUAAAACACAAGAAAAACAAUUAAUAAAAUUAAAAGAAGCUAAGAGAUACCGAAUUCAUCCUGUAGGAGGCACGUUAUGAGGGUAGGAAAAUGUUUUGUAUGAAUUUUUUCCGUUCCAUCAAAAAAUAUGAGAAAUUAACCGCAUUUUCCGGGACACUCUGUACUUAAAAAAAAACUCACGCCUGCUCGGAUCCGAGUGAGACGGAUUUUUUUUUGUCGAAAAACCGACGGGCAUUCGAACGUACCAUUUAUUUUUAUACGUGUGUAGAAAAAUAUUAAAGACAUUUUGUAAAUGUACAUAGUUAGGAAGAGAAAGAGAGAGAGCACUUUUUCUACCGCAGUAAAUCUGCAUAUCUGCAUGAUGAUGGCUCGAUGGAAAAAACAAAUCUGACUUUUUGAGUGUUACGCUGGAAUAAACGUUUUACCUAUUUCAAUGUUAGGAAAUUUUAAACUGUAGAAUUUCUGUUAAUUUAACCGUCCCCUUUUCGGCACUAACUAAUUUCGUCAUUCGCAUUUUGAGUUGGUAAAUAUAUUCCAUUAUCGUUAAAAUGGGAAUUGUUGAUCUUCGCUCUCUACCUUGGUCCCGAAUUAUUCAAAAACCUUAAACUACACUUUGUUUUAAAUUCCAAUUUACGGCGGAGAAACUUAAUGCCAAUAUGUUUACUGCAACUCGAAAGUCGAUAAAAAAGAAACCAUGUUGCUUUGAUAAUUUAAUUCGAUCGAAAUCAACGGUGCAAUACAUCUUUUCUUUUAGUCAAUUCUCUAGGUGGUUCAAUUGUUGUUAAUGGGCGAAAAAUUUUUCUGUAUCUAUUUGGAAAGGUGUGAAAUUUCACAGGGGCGAGUAUUUAAAAAACCCUAUUAAACGUUUGCAUUUUUUUUGUCCUGCACGGAACACAACUCUGAUGUGUAACUCUUUGGUAUAUUAUGUGUUACUACUAAAGUAUUAGCUCCGAUAGUUUACAGACUAGCUGGAUAGGAUACGAACUAUGGCUGUUGUAGAAAUUUUUUUUUUUUUUAACUAAAAUUGCCACGAAUUAUUGUUUGGUUUGUAUACUAUCCAGAUAAUUUACAAACUAAUCACAAAAAAAUACUUGCCCGCAAAUAUAUUUUAAUUUAUAUAAAUAUUAUAUAUAUAAUAUAAUAUAAAUAUAUAAAUAUUUUUUCCCCGAUCUUUUAUGUAAUAUAGUUUCCAUAUUUUCUUUAUACCAAAGCAAAAAUUCAUUGUAAUGACUGUCAUACAUUAAUUUUAAAUUUUCCUCGCAAACGCAAAAAACAAGCGUAAUAAUACGGGCAACACUAAAACAGAUAACCAAACCGAAUUGGUUAGUACAGUUUGUAAAGUAGUCAAAAACAAUUGACAAUUUGUUUACUAGUGUGGUUUAUACUGGGCCAGGAAAUCUUGUACAUGAUAUUGAUAUUAUACAAACCAAGCAAUAUUCGUAGCUAUUUCCAUAGAGGUUUGGUCAACAUUACCAGAAAUCUUGAUAGUUUGUAUGUUAUUCAACUUAUUUGUAAACCAGCCAAGUUAACACUAACCACCACCAUAGCGGAUUUUAUUUCAAGCUCUAAAAAAAGUAGGUGCCUUCGUUCCGACCGUACACGGCGUCAGAAGCGCCCUAUACGAUCGGCCUACGAUUUUUGAUAAAAUUUCUUUGCCCCGAACCUACCCUUCCUUUUCAAAUAGCUAGCGAUAUAUCGGGUCGAGACGGAAGUCCAAGUUCCUGUACUUACCGAACCAACGCAGGACCGCAGGACGCGCCCCGUGGCGAAAAGCGAGAACUUCACACGUUUUAGGUAUACAUAAAAUUUUUUGUUGCGUAUUAAGGUUUUAAAUUUUUUGAGGCCCAAACAAUGUAUGUGUAAGUCUAUAAAUCUAGUUAAU